AUGGCGGAAUCCAAGAUAAAAGCUGCUGUUGCAAAGGACCUAUCCAGCACGCCCUUCGCCUGCUCCUCCCUCACCCAAUUGAGCGGUGGAACGGCAAAUUUCCUCUACCGCGGUGUUCUAUCUCAACCCCUCCCCGAUGGAACCAGCACCAUCAUCGUGAAGCAUGCCGAGGACUAUCUCGCCUCGAACGCGGACUUUAAGCUCAGUGCCGAGCGAUGUCUCGUCGAAGAAUUCGCCCUGCGCGCCCUAGACGGGAUGCGCAGCGUAACAACAACACAUGAAGGCUCUAUAGCUGGGCCCGGCCCCGGCUCAAGCAAGGAUGGUCAAAGGUACCAAAUCACCGUCAAAACGCCCAAGCUUUUCCACUUCAGCCGCCCAACGCACACACAGGUCAUGGAAGACUUGCCCAGCGCUGUAGAUCUUAAGACGUUCAUGCGGACCCCCGGCGUGGCUGGUAGUAUUUCAAAGGAAUGGACGCUGUCAAUUGGACGCACGCUGGGUGCGUGGCUGCGCUCGUUCCAUUUCUGGGUUGGUGAGCCGGCUCAGGAGGGUGUUGCGAGUCGGUUUGCGGGGUUUACGGAUAUGCGUGAUUUGAAGUUUGCGAUUAACUAUGAUGGGAUUUUGAAUAAGAUUGAUGUUUAUCCGGAGAUUCUGGGUGAGAGCCGUGAGGUUUUUGAGAAGGUUAGGGAGGCUGCGAAGGGAGAGCUGGAGGGGGAUGGACACCUGAUUGGGCCGAUUCAUGGGAACUUUUGGUCUGGGAACGUCCUAAUUCCCAAAUCAGCGCUCGACGAGCCAGUACCAGUAACGCCGCUCUUCAUCACGGACUGGGAACUGGCCCAGCGCGGUUCUCGAGCUCUUGAUCUAGGCCAAAUGAUUGCCGAGCUGUACAUGCUCAAGCACUUCAAAGAUAUUGAUGCAGGUGUUUGGGUUAUCGAGGGCUUUGCAGAAGGGUACAAGGACAUCAAUGAAGACAUUGCCUUCCGAACGAUCAUCCAUGUCGGCGUGCACUUCAUUUUCUGGGGAAGUACCAUUCCUGGAUGGGGCACCGAGGAGCAGGUGCGAGAUUUGGUGAAGCUUGGUAGGGAUCUCAUUACGAUGGCGUGGGAGAGGGAGAGGGGAUGGUUUAGGGGAAGUGUUUGGGAGGUGCUUUUUAGGGCUAGACACUGA